GAACACCGGAACAAAGAUAGCGGGAGUGAAUACUAAAGUAAACCUAUGAGAACGCGUGUACUUUAUUUAACUUAUAAAUAUUGAACAAAAACGAUAUACAAGUAUACGUCACUUACAUAUUAGCUUGUAUCUACAUAUUUGCAUACAUAUAUACUAUAAAUGAGCGAAAGUGAAUAUAAAAGCGAUUUAUGAAAAUUUAAUUAUUAAAAAUGCGAGAGAAGCGAACAAUUAAUACUGAAUAAUUUUAGUUUAUAGCUUAACCAAUUUUUGAUGAAAGUGAAAAAAGUGUGGUAAUUGACAGAGCACAAAAAUCAAUAAUAUAAUAACAAUAAUGGUUUAAUUAAAACAUAUUUACUUUCUAUAAACUCAAACUGUGGUAUAAAAUCGAUGUAAUUAUAUUCACAAAAAAAAAUUCUCAAAUGGAGAAAUAAGUUUAGUUAACCGCAUAUGUGCAUACCCACAAAGAAAAAUCUAAAUAAAUAUGUAUCAAUUCACAUAUCGUGUACGAAUUAAUAAAAAUAAUUGACGAUACAAAAAAUUAAUUAAAUCUAAAAUACACGCGGCGUCUCACGUUGACUUGAAGAAAGCAAUUAACGCGCUGGUAUAUACCGAAAAUUUCAAGAUUUCUGCUAAAAAAGUCAAGCUUUUGAAAUGUUCUUUAGAAUGUGUUUGUGAAGAAGGUCAAAACUAUAAUGAAUUUGCUAAACCAUUUACAUAGUAAACACUGCGAUCAUUUCUUGUAUUAAAAUUCAAAUACUCUGCAUAACCAAACUUGCGUGAGUGGGGAUCUUCACCGCAUGCAUAUAUGUAUGCAUACAAGAACAAUUAAGGAUGAUUAUUCAUGUUGAUGUGUGGACUCGACUACAUACUAUUUGUCACAUAUCCUGCAAAUGUGCAAACAAAAUAUGUGACGGAAUUUCAUUGGCAUCAAUAAUGAAUUCAUUUCAUUGGCUGAUAAUACUCCUAUUGUUGGUUAAUUGUGAUAUGUGCAAAUCAAAUGAAUAUCCAGUGACAAGCAAAGCAGUUACUGUCAGCACAAACAGUGAGGAGCAAGUAACGAAUGAUACUACACAUCUGUCCGAUGCAAAUAAUGAACAGAAAAUUGACCUUGAAUCUGAAUACGCCACCAGUCAGAGAGGAGAGAUCUUAGAUUUAACAAAUGUAAAAAAUGCAACGAUUAUAAAUGUAACAAACGAGUGUUUGGAACAGUGCAAACUGGAAGCGGCUAAUUAUUUCAAUGAGUACGGAUUGGAUUGUGGUGAAAAAGGCGGAAGCCCAGUUUGCUUCGAGAGACGAUGCACAAAAGGAUGUGAACAAUGGAUGGAAGCGUUAAACAACUCUGAGAGCUGCCAGGAAAUAUGUGUUUCAACGCAACUACAUAGCCUUGAUUUACCAUGCUCGUUUGCAUGCGAGGUGGGUCAAAGACGAUACUGGGACUGCGAAAAAAAAACGAUAGAACCGAAAAUAAAACUAGAAGUACCUCAUAUAAAAAUGUCAAAUAACACGGAUGAUUUUAAAUUGGUUUGGGAUAUAUUGUUUCCUGAUUCCUUUUUUGCAAGUCACCGGUUUAGCAUAUACAUACAAUAUCAAUACAUUAAAGAAAACAUAUCCGAACCACGAGCUUGGAAAAAUCUUACAAAUGUUAACUGCAACCGGCAUUUCGUGUGCGAAAUAUUAAAUGAUUUGAUUCCUUUUGCUGUAUAUAAGUUUCGUUACAAAUUGAAAUUUGGAAUGAAUACGAAUCAAAUUUUACAUUCACCACCAACAAAGCCAUUCAGAACCAAAGCAAAAGGCGUCCCCCUUUCGAAGCCACUGUUGAAACAAGCAAUUGCUUUAGAUCAUAAUCACAUCAGUAUCAUUUGGGAACCAGGUAUUUUUACUUGUGGACCAUUAAAAGGUUAUGUGUUGACUUUGGAAAACGCAAAUUCAUCACAAAAACAGAUAUUACCACACGACAGAAGAAGUUUUGUUUUUUCUUAUUUGCUACCAGCUACGAAAUACUCUGUAAAACUAUCGACGUUAAAUUCGGAGGGGGAAGGUAGUUUUGUUGAAACAUUUAUUCAAACAAAAGUUGCGCUUUUGUAUGGAAAUUCAGAGAACAUUGACCUAGUGCUUUUAGCUGGGGAAUAUAGCAUUAGAAUUAAAAGUCUAGAAUCUUUAACAGACUCUGAACUUGUUUUCGAAAGUGAACAUCUUAUAAUAGAUUAUGCGCUUUACUCAUCUUUUGGAAAGUACAUUGUUUAUAUAAUUGAUUAUUUGGGAAAUAUUAUGAGAGUCCCUUGGAAUGAUGAAAGCCCAAAAAGUGCGAUUCUUACUUUAGACAAAUUGACUGAAUUUAAACCGAAGAAAAUUAGCCUGGAUUGGUUAAAUAAGUUGCUUUUCAUAGCGGUCCAAACAGCUAUUGCCGAGUGGGCAAUUAUUUCUACGGAUUUAGAUGGAAACUUUCAUAGUUUUAUAAUAAAAAAUGCUAACAAGUCAAUCGAUCACAUGGAAGUAGAUCCUAUAAAUGGUUGGUUAUUUUGGAUCAAUAGUGGCAGCCUUAUUCGAACAAAUCUUGCUACUAAUUACUCAGAAAUCGUAAUUAAGAGUAAUGUUGGUAUUUUUUCAAACAAUUAUCAAAGGAGUUUAAUAAUAUUUUAUAACACAAGUGAUCACGAAUUAUAUGAAAGUACUUUUGAUGGGGAAUAUACACAAAAUCUUCAUUUAAAACUAUCUAGUAGCAUGCCACAAAUUCAAAGUUUUUGGUUCAACGGGAUUCAUCUUCUUGGCACGAAUGGUACACAUUUAUUCAGGAAGAACUACAAUUCAAAUGAAUAUGACAUUUCGAUGGUGAAAGAAUUGGAAUGGUGUUGGAGUAUUACACCAUUGACACGACAAGCUAAUUUUAUACAAGCACAACCAACGCUAGAGAAUAGCCCAGAAAAUGUGAGAGCUUUUGUCACUUCUAAGAUGGCGAAAAUUGUUUGGAAUGAACCGAAGCUAAAUGAAUACCAGACAGAAUAUGCUUGGCGCAAGUGGAAUUAUGAGCUUGAAAUAAUGGACUUGGCAAGUAAUAGCGCUUUUAAUAUACGCAAUAUAAAGACAAACUAUUUCAAUGUGGAAAAAUUACAACCGAACAAUGUGUAUAAGUUUCGUGUACGUGUAGUUCUUGGUGGUACAAUGGGCUUGUGGUCUAGAGCACUGUUGACACGUACUUGGCCCUUUGGGGAGUAUGUAUUUUUAGCGGCAAGCCUAAACGGUAUAUACGAAAUUAAUGAAACCGGUGAGCAUGUAGAGCAGGUCGGUCAAAUGGAAAACGUAAGAGAUUUUGUGCAGUUGAAUGCAACAAUAUACUACAUAACUCAGGACAAUCGCUUGCAAUGUGCAAACAUCAUAAAUCCUGAGAUAAAUUGCUCAUUUACAGCCACAAAUGCGAUUACCUUGUCAUACGAUUGGCGAGGUGGGAAGAUGUAUUGGGUAGAUUCUCUGGCAAAUUGUGUGAAGAGAGCAAACUUAGAUGGCAGUCAAGAAGAGAUGCUACCCAUAUUCCGCGCUCAGUAUAUUGCAAUAGAUUCACAUAGCGGUCACAUUUACUACUCAACAAGAACGAUAUUAGGGAGACGACUUUUAGGUGAUACGCUUGACACGGAUGAAUAUGAAUAUUACCACACGAAUACAAAUGAAGACGUAAUAAGUGGAUUUGCCUUGGAUAUUAUAGCUAAACGAUUGUUUUGGGUUGUUCGAAAAGGUGAUGGAGACGUUCAGUUAUUCCGAGUUAGCAUUGAUACAUUUGUCGAUGAUUUACAAUACAGUUUCAUAGAAAAUGACAUUCAAGCGGGUUCCAUAAAGUUUUUACAUGAAAUUGACAGUGUUACUUGGUUGAAAUCGAAUUCAAAUGCAAUUAUUUUUGCAAGAGCAGGCAAUUCAACUAAUGAAAUGCAAAUUGAACUUCCUCAGUUAAGCAAAAUAAACUGCAUUCAUUUGAAGACAAGCUAUAUACCAUCCAUUGAUUUGUCUGUUGUUCCUGAAGCUGUUGAUAUCAAAAGUAUUCGUAUUAAUCAAGCCUACACAAAUGAAUGGAUUAUCGGAUGGCAUCCGGUUAAUACUUCGGAAAAUUACACAAUAUUCUACAACAUUCUUUUACAAUUCAAUAAUUCCAAAUAUCCAACAAAUGUAAUUUAUAAGACUAACGAAUCAUUCGUAGUAAUGUAUAAAACUCACACACUGGAGUCACAUUUUAAUAUUUCUAUAACGCCGUUCACAUAUUGGAGCUUUGGUUCAACCACGACGCUACCGCUUUUUAUCCCCAGUACUAGUAUCUCCCCUCCAAAGCAAAUGCGAAUUUUUAUUGAGCCUUUCAAUGAUCCAUUUGACGCUAUAAACAAUAUUACCGCAACAGUUCGUUGGGAAUCUCCGGAAAAUGAAAAUACCUCUUCCAAAAUGGCAUAUAAAAUUUAUUGUUGGCUUGGACAGGAACUGCACGCUGAGCGAAUAUGUAAUUCGAGUAAUGAACGAUUUUAUGAAAUAUCAAUUGAUGGUCUGAGCAUUGGGGAGUGUUAUGUUUUUCAAGUACAAUCUUUUAUAACGGGAAUUGAAAAACAAGGGCAGAACAGUACAAUUCAACUUCACAUUAAUCCAGAAGUUCAAACCAAACCCACAUUUAUAUAUGCCACAAGUGAAUAUAUUGCAGAAUAUGAUCUGGAUUUAAAUAUCAGCAAAGUAUUAAUACAAAUCAGCAGCCAAGUGGAGCAUUUAGCAGUUAUGUCAAGCGAAAGGCGUAUCUUGUGGGUAAACGAAAAUGUAGAGCUUAUUUCGGCAACAUCUGAUUUAAAGCCAAUCAAAUUGGCCAGAAUGCGAGCUGAAGUUCUGUCUUUGACAGUUGACUGGAUUCAACGGAUUGUAUACUGGGCCGAAUUGGAUACAGAAGAUAAAUCCAGUGUCUCCAUAUAUGAGCUUGAUUUAUGUCAAUUCGAAGGAAAAGUAAUGGCACCACAUAAGUUACUUACCCUUGACAGAGGGAAGAAUGUGCGAGACCUCACGAUAAUGCCAUUUUUGAAUAUACUUCUUUGGCUUGAACGUGACAAGGAAGCUAAUACUUCUACUCUUGCUGGUCGAAUUUUGAGUAAUUCCACCUUUAUAUAUUUCGAAACCACAUAUUUUGACAAAAUGUUUGUGUCAUCACCAGUGUCUGUUAGCCUUGUAGAUAAGGAUGGAAAUAUUUGUAUUUAUGACAUUUCAAAGCGUAUAUGUAGUUCACAAAUCCAAACGGUACUGGCCAACCCAGAGGAAAUAAUUAAAAUAGACCGUGAUGGCAUAUAUAUAUAUAUAUUGGAAAAUGAAAAAGUAUAUUCUUAUAGCGACCAAAAACAAAAAGUUGAAUAUAAAGUAAACAUUGAAGACAUAAAAAAUAUGAAGGCAUAUAACUAUCAACAUUUUCCUGAGCGCAACUGCCUUUUACCGGAUCAUAAUAUCUUAUUAAAAAAUAAGCAAUUAUUAAGCCCCAAAGUAAUCUCUGUGGGUGAAAACUAUAUGACAUUGAGUUUUCCAAACUUAGAUGAAAUUGAGGAAUGUAAAGUAAAAGUUCCGGGGAUAAAAUAUACUUUAUGGAUUACAGAUAAUGAAAAAGUGUCGCGAAGCCACACAUCAUUAGAUAACACUAUAAACGUAACAAAUAUUCAGCCCUUUACCAAUUAUACAUUACAAUUGUCUAUAUCAUCAUAUUAUCAAAGAAAGUUCAAAUUAGAUGAAUGGUAUUCUGAUAUUAUGACAGUGCUCACAGAUGUGGGUACACCUUCUAUGCCUCUCAAUUUUACAGCAUAUGCAUUAAAUCCAACUCAAGUUUAUGUUAUGUGGAAUCCUCCGGAGCGACCCAAUUGUGGAAAAGUAUGGUAUGAAUUACAUUGGCAAGAGACGAUCUCUAGUCAAGGGGCAUACAAACGAAUUAACAGUCUAAACUACUUAGUUACGAAUUUAGAAUCUUCUCGAGAGUAUAAAUUUUGGUUGAAAGCCUUUUCCAUCAAAUCCAAAUUCAACAGCACACUUUCGGUCAUAGUGAAGACAUUUGAAACUCCUUCUCGUCUUUGGCUGGUCAAAAAAACUUCUCACAACUUGACUCUAAGUUGGGUUACUUCGGAUAACGUUACAAGGUCGGUUCUAGCAUGUCAAGAAGUAAAUGGAGAUAAUGAGUUCAGUAUUGAUAUUACAGAAGAUUCUUCUUUAAUAGUUGUACCAAAUUUAGAUCCAAAAACUAAAUAUCAGUUUUUCCUUGAAAUAUUUUAUGGAUCUUUUGUAGAUCCUUAUGUAUGGCCAGAGGUACCUAAUGAAUACUUCAUUUAUGAAACCCUGGGAGCAGCCCCUGGGCGACCGGGUCAACCGCAGAUCGAACAUACCAUAAGUGACGUGUUUAGAAUAUUUUGGGCCGCAGCUCCAAAUAAUGGGGAGUUAAUAUCAGAAUAUUCAUUGGAGGCGCUACAAGCUCGUAAAACCAAACGCAUAAGAAGAAGUCAAGCGAUAAACCUAGACUACAUGAAUAAUUCCGUAGGCGGUUACAGUCAAGUUCUUUGGGCGGAAGAACCAAGUCCAAUUGAAGAUAAAUGGAUAGUUGCAUGUAGUACAACUGAAUUAAGUUGCAUUAUACGAGAAAUUUAUAUACAGAGGCUUUUGAUGUUCCGAGUGCGCGCAAGAAACGACCUAUAUGGGUGGGGUCCAUAUAGUUUGGAUAGCGAACGAAUUUCAGAACCUUUUGUGUCUCCAGAAAAAAGGGAUUCAUUGGUAUUAGCUAUCAUAACUCCGGCAGCUAUUGUUUCUGCAUUCGUGAUUAUUUUAAUUCUAUUACGUACAUUACAACUCAGACGGCAAAAAGCUAAAAAACUACUUGAAAAAAGCCGUCCAAGUAUAUGGAGCAAUAUAUCUACACUACAGCACCAGCAACUUAUGGCAUCUCGUAAUAGAGCAUUUUCUACCACAAGCCAUUCCACAUUGUACACUGGUGGUCCUCUUAGUGAUGCCGAUAUUGCUCUUUUACCUCACAUCAAUUGGAGUCAAAUAACAAUAUUGCAUUUCUUGGGAAGCGGUGCAUUUGGAGAAGUCUAUGAAGGAUUAAUAAAACAUGAAAAUAGUGAUCAACAGGAAAAAGUUGCUAUUAAAAGCCUCCGAAAAGGUGCUAGUGAGUUUGCUGAACUUCUGCAAGAAGCUCAAUUAAUGAGCAACUUCAAGCAUGAUAAUAUUGUCCGACUUAUUGGUGUUUGCUUUGACACUGAGUCUAUUUCUAUAAUAAUGGAGCAUAUGGAAGGAGGGGACUUACUGACUUAUAUUCGCAAUUCAAGACCGAACCCUAAGAGGCCUAAAGCGUCCCUGAAACUCUUAGACUUAAUAUCAAUGUGUAUUGACGUAUGCAAAGGUUGUUGUUAUCUAGAAGAUAUGCAUUUUGUGCAUCGCGACCUCGCAUGCCGUAACUGCUUGGUAUCUUCCAAUGAUCCAAGUAAACGUAUGGUGAAAAUUGGUGACUUUGGAUUAGCUCGUGACAUAUAUAAAAGCGACUAUUAUCGUAAAGAAGGUGAAGGUCUGUUACCAGUUCGUUGGAUGUCUCCGGAAAGUCUAGUCGAUGGUAUUUUUACAACACAUUCUGACGUGUGGGCUUUUGCCGUUCUUUGUUGGGAAAUAUUUACUUUGGGUCAGCAGCCUUAUGCUGCAAGAAAUAACUAUGAGGUCCUAAAUUACGUGAAGGACGGAGGAAGACUUGAGAAACCUGAAACUUGUCCCGCUGGACUGUUUAAUUUGUUGUUACAAUGUUGGAGUAAACAGCCGGAAGACCGUCCAUCGUUUGGAAAUUGUUUUGUUGAAUUGUUAAGGAUUAAAACAGAGUUAAGACGAAUUAAUUUAGGAUUUACAAAUGACAGCUCUGACAAUGCUGUAUACGCUAAUCAGGAAGAAAGUUGUUUGAGUACAUUUCCAAUGAUCACGGAAAAAGCUCAUAAAGUUCCCAUUAAAGCAAUAAAUAGCAAUGUAAGCUUGCCAACUCAGUUGGAAACAUUUUAUCGAGGCGUUGGCACAGAAACAAUAUCUGACAAUUCUCAAUUAAUCGAAGCGGAAAUGGAAGCAAUUAAUAUUGUGACUCUAUCAACACCUCGCACACAAAUAUUUGCUUUAAAUAAAACCCUCCUGAGGAUUACAUUUUGCCCCUAGAGUUUCACGUGCUGCUUAUCCGAAGGAAUGAGUAAGAACAGACCACCAAUUGGUAGGUAUGGUAUAAGCAAAUUAAUUCGUAACAUUGUUUUUGGUAGCACAGUAAUAAAACGUACAUAAUUCCGGAAAGCGCUAGUAAAGAGGUAUACAAAGCUUACUGAAUGCGUACAGACCCAAUUAUUACUUAUUUUUCUUAUUCACGUUUUAGUAGUGUUAUUUUCGCUAACUCCACAUAGUUAGUGAGUUUUUCUGACAAGUUUUCAAUGAGAAAUAUAUAAAAAAGACGCGCCUAAUCGAAGAUUUUAGAGGAACUACCGAAUUAUUUAUACUAAAAUAAACGAUUAAAUUAUAUUUCUAUCAUACCACAUACAUAAACUUUGAGCUAUUUA